AUGAGAAAUCUGAGCGAAAGUCUGUUUAUGGGACCCAUUGUCUCGUUUGACAAAUACUCGUCAGUCAAAGACUAUAGCGAUAAAUAUGUGACAAGUUUUACAUCAAUCGGCGAUUCAUUGCCAGAAAGCGUUCAUUUGUUAACAUUAGAGAAAUGGUCCGAAAAUGAAGUAUUACUUCGACUGGAAGACCAGUCCGAGACGUCCGACAAACAGGUUUCCCAUGAAAUCAAUUUACAGAAAAUGCUGAAAACGUUGACAAUUGUAGGGUCCGUCGAAACUAAUUUAGUGGCCAAUGAGUUGCUGUCAGAAACUAAACGUUUGGACUGGAAAUCAAAGCUCUAUAAUAAAAGUUUUGACAUAAGAAGUGAUGAGAGGACUGGUAGUCUAGCCGUAACUUUAACACCACAACAGAUCCGCACAUUUAUCCUUACGAUUAAUAACACCUAUCAUAAGGAAGCCAAAUGUACGUACAGUUGGGUUACGGCAACUCAGACCACAAUCCCUGGCGAGGCAUAUGUGGCCGGUUAUGAUGCGGACAAAACACCACUCAAUAUAUGCAGACAUAAAGUCAAUGACGACAUAAUCGCCGGAAAAGCCGACAAACAA